UCCCUCCCCCGGCCAAAUCCCUAAUUCCCCCUGUAUAAAUAUCGGCCCCUCCCUUCCUGCCUCUAUCGUCUCAAAUUCUUCCCUUCCUCCUCCAUCUUUGCGCUUUUGAUUCUUCUCUUACCUCUUCGCUGGGUCGAUCGUUGCGAUGUCUGGCCGCGGUAAGGGAGGCAAGGGGCUCGGCAAGGGCGGUGCGAAGCGCCACCGCAAGGUCCUCCGCGACAACAUCCAGGGCAUCACUAAGCCGGCGAUCCGCCGUCUCGCCCGCCGUGGCGGCGUGAAGCGUAUCUCCGGCCUCAUCUACGAGGAGACCCGCGGUGUCCUCAAAAUUUUCCUCGAGAACGUCAUACGCGACGCCGUCACCUACACCGAGCACGCCCGCCGCAAGACCGUCACCGCCAUGGACGUCGUCUACGCCCUCAAGCGCCAGGGCCGCACCCUGUACGGCUUCGGAGGCUAAGCUCGUCUCAUGCCGAUGCCGCUUGUUCUAAGGGUCUCUUUCGGCUCGCUCUGACCGAACAUCUAAUUGGGAUGUGAAAAAUGUGAGCUUUUGGAUUCGGUAAUUGAAACUUUCAACUUUGUGAGCUUUC